AUGGCACGCGGGAAAAUUGUUGAUACUAGCAAUCUCCCCAAAUAUUCAGCUAAAGAUUUGAACCGAGUGAAUAAGGUUACGCGUACGAAGGAAGAAUUAUUGAAGGAAAUGAUAGUGAACAUUCCACUUACAUUAUAUGAGCAGAAAUUCAAGAAGGAGUAUUGUCACGAACAAUUGACGAAUAGAUUGGGAGAGGUUAGACAUAAUUACGAUAAUGUACCAUUUAUAAGUUGGAAAAGGCGAGUUGAAGCGGAUUAUGACUCAAAUAAGGAUAUAUUUAUACCAUGUGAAACAAAAGAGAUUGUUGAAUCGAUAGGAGUGAUGUAUUAUAAGGCAGAAGAGAUUAUAGACAUGAUACAAAAUGAUAACUUUGGACGAGAUUUAGCAAAAUGUGAAAAUAGAUUAAGACAAGAGGGGGCUACGAAGGAAAUACAUAUAAUAUUAAUUAUUGAAGGAUACGAUCAGUAUUUGAAUAAGUUAAAGAAUUUUGCAGAAAGAGAGUAUAAAAAGGCGGUGAUGAAUCGAUUGAAUGAAGGAGGAAACUCAAAGUAUACCCCGAAGGAGAAUGACCGAUUGAAUGUUAGUCAAGUUGAGUAUAUGAUAAAUGAGUUGCAAGUGAACUAUGAGGUGAAUGUGUUCCCAAUAAGGGGGAAUGCUGAAGCCAUUGAUUGGCUAGUAUCGUUUAGUUAUACAAUCAGUCAAGCACUUUAUGAUAAAUAUGAAAGAAAUGAGUCGAUUGCUAAUUUAGGACGGGUUAAAUCCGGAAACGAUCCUAGGCUGACAUUUAUUGAAUCAAUACGACAAUUUAAAUUCAUGACGCAGGCUAAAAGUGAAGAAGUGUACGGGAUAUAUCGAUCAGUAACCGAUAUUUAUAAGAGGUAUUGUACGCAUGAAUCAUUGGGUACGAUAAAUGGGAAGAACCUAGUUCCGCCCACCAGUGAUAAUGCAAUGAGAAAAGUAUUUACCGCUACUAAUGCUAAUGAUAUAGUUAAUGAUUAA